CCCUUUGUGUUCCUCUAACUUUUUUCUCUUCAUUCCAAAUUAAUUAACAUACAAUUUUCUCAACUUGGAGAAAGAAAUCAACAAACAAAAUAAGAUGCAUAGGUCUGCAAGCUGGAACAGGUUCUCGGAUGAUUACUUCAAGCAUGCCACGACGAGUUCUCCAUCUUCAGGACAUAGAUCAUCUUAUUCUAUGUUCGAUGGCAACAAUUUGCCUACAUAUGACCCCAUUGCAGAGUUGGCUAAGAGGGAGAGGGCACGUGUGAAGUUCGCCGAGAAUGCAGUGCAUGUUAUCCCUUUAGUGCUAAUUGUUUGUGCCAUCAUCCUUUGGCUCUUUUCAAAUCCAGAUGUGGGAAUCAUAGGAGAUCCAAUAGAAGCAAGAAUCGAAGGAUUAAGUCUUGAAGGAGAAAUUGAAAAUGAUAGCGACGGUACUCAAAUGGGUUUCUUACCUAUUGUGACCUCAGAAGAAAUAUCAACGACAGAAUUUGGUGCUGAAAAAGAUUCAAUAAUUCCAAAGAAUCUUUAGUGAAUGAUUUUUGAGUUUAUAUUCGGAAAGGCUAAAGCUAGUUACCUUAAUUAACGUGUAUUGAAACUGCUAAUGUAAUAU